AUGGCGUCCAGCGCAGAAAGGAGGGAGCUUGACGAGGAGCUCCAGCCAGCGCCUGAGGGCGAACAGGUCUUGGAGCAUCCUCCCAGUGGGCAUUCAUCUUCGGACGCAUCUCAUGGAUCUCCUCCCUUGACGGAGCCGUCGACAAGUGCAUCAGGCUCCUCGGGCCACGGAGCUCUCCACUUCGUGAACAUGUCCCACCCGGAAGAUAUCCGCCGGCAGAGCAACGUUCAGCGAGAAAUCCGCAGGCACGUAAUGAAAGGCGUAAGCGACCACCGGGGGCGUCUACGCGGAAGAAGGAAACCCUUCUCGCAAGAUGGUGCCCAGAAUAGCCGGCGGCCUGCGCAUCCGGAGAGCCCUUCGCCCAGCCGGUCGCUGGCCCCCCUCGGAAGCUUCCCAGUUCAGACUAACAUGCGCAUGCUCGAGCUCGUCCGCUUCGCCAACGAAGUGACCGACUUUUACGUUCCGUUUCGAGUCGCCUGGUGGGAGGUUGCUCUAAUGGACCCCGGCGCCUUCUACGUCACCCUUGGCAACUCGGCCGACUUCUGGCGCAGACUCAACACGAAUGAUAUCAUGGCCAAGACUCCAGAGAUUAUGAGACACUACUCACAGUCACUUAUCGAAUUGAGACGGCGCUUAGAUGACGACUCCGAAAGGGCAAAACCCGGCACUAUUGCUAACAUUUUGGCACAUGUCUGCCUCAACAUGAGACACUGCGACUGGAACAGCUGGAGAGUACACAUCGAUGGGCUGGAGCUUGUUUUGAAGGCCCGAGGCGGAUUUGAGAGUUUGCCGUAUCAGAUGGUCGUCUUGACGCUUUACUACGACAUCUGUGGUGCCAUGGUGUUUGAUUCUCUACCCCGGUUCUCAGUGGCACCUGGUCUUGUCACCGCCAAUUCGUCCAUCAGAGCAGCACCGCCGAGAUUGCAAACGAUACUCCUGCAGCUACAGCAAAUGCCACCCGACAUUUCUAUUGCUGCGAAUGCUCUUCAGAAGGUAUCAGACAUCGCCGACAUUGUAAACCUCAACAGCCACUCUGCGGCUUUCUGGAAGAAGGAUGUUGAUGCUAUCCUCUUAAUCGGCCCGCCAAUGCACUAUCUUUUGUCCAUGCCAAGGCUACCGACAGAGUUCGCGACUCUACUUGGCGCCGGGGAUCUUGUCGUGCGAGAGCUAAUACGGCUUGUGUGUGUCCUCAUUAUGUCAGCUGUGAAGGAAAGAUUCGCCUUCUUUACUGUUGAGAAAGGUACAAUACAGGCCAAGCUUGCCCAAUUUAUAGCAUCCAACUUGCAGUAUAUCGGCUCUGAAUAUCGUGAUAUUAAAAUUUGGGCACUGAUCACAGCGGCCUUGUUAGAGGAGCGCACUAUGCGGGAGUUGUAUUUGAUCAAGCUAGAGGAGGAAGCGUUGGCGAGUCAGAACUCGUCGGAGAGCUUGGUCAAUAUUGCAAGGGAGAUUAUUUGGCUUGAUUGCUUGGAAUCUUCGGGCUCCGAUGAGCUGGUACACGAUAUGAAUCUUGAAUUUGGAUCCUGA